AUUCAUUUAACAGCUAGGCCACUGUGCAGCCAUGCUAUGACAAAAUCUAAUGACGCCAGGGACAAGACGAUGUUGUGAAAUGUCCUCCAGCCACCACUUAUCUACAAGAUUCUGAGAAGUAAAGGUCCCCGUCAGGUGUAAUAAUGACACACAGGUGUUUCUCAGUGUUUUCUCUGGUGAUAAUCAGCUGUUUUUAUGCAGUGGUGUCCCCUGAGCAGAAAACUUCCACCUGGAGCGGGUGGUCAGGGUGGACGUCAUGCUCGGUCACGUGCGGUUACGGUCUGAUAUACAGGGAAGCUUACUGGAUCGACAAGAAUGGACAGAGGACAAACAAGACAACUCACGAUAACCAGGGGUGUUACAUCCCCAAAUCCUGCCCCGUGGACGGUAACUGGACCACGUGGUCGGGGUGGUACUGGUGUUCCUCGAUCUGCGGACCUGGGCGCCAGGAGAGAUACCGCUACUGCGUCAACCCAAAACCCGCCUACGGGGGAAUGCCCUGCUCGGGCCUGGCGAAUGAGAGCAGAGCUUGUGAAGUACAACCAUGUCCUACCAUUCCUCCGUCCUUUAGUUUAUCGGAUUGUACAAAGGAGGACUUCAUGUGUAACAGCAGACGACAGUGUGUUCCGGCUGCGCAGAAAUGUGACAAAACGCUACAAUGUCAUGACGGAAGUGACGAAUUGAAUUGCAGAUAUGUCAACCAUGGUAUCGUGAAUGAAAUAUCAAAGACAAUAUAUCAUAUAUUUCUUGUACUAUUUCUUUUACAUGCAGCAUAAAUAAACUUGAAAUAUGAAUAAAUAUGGAAACUGUAAAGGAGCUGAAAGAGAGAGGGAUAUAUUUGGAUGUAAAAACGUGUGAGGGUGUGUAGUUGAGGGUGUGUGUAUUUGUUCUUAUCCUGUUGACAAAAGGAGUGAAACACGAACAUCAUGCGAAAACUUUUUUGUAGAUAUUUCUUUAAAAAAGACAUUUACUGGUAUAUUGUACUAUUAUUUCAUGAACAAAGUUAGAAAUGUUGUUAAAUGCAUAUUGGAUAUAAUAUGGUUCUGCGUGUGUGAGAGAGUUGUACAAAUGUGGUCACCACAAAACACGUAGAUUCGUGUGUUUGCUUUUUUGAAAUUUUGUAGUCAAUAUGAACUGUAUUUGAUGCGUUUUUCUCUUUGCAUGGUGCUUUUUGAAUAUAGUUCAAGUUGUCUCAUCAUUUGUUAUUAUGCUUUGUAAACGUUGUGAACUUUUUAAAAUUUAUUUUUGUA